UGCGUGGGGCCGAACCUGGGGGCUACGUGUGCUCCCUCCACCACGUGCGUGCCUCACCAUGUGCGCGCCCGCAUGGCUGCGGGAAGUUCCAGUCGCGGGGGCUGUCAGGGCCGCCUGCUGCGUCAUGGGGCUGCGUCUUCGCCCAGUCCUGGGCACCCGCACCCCUCCCCGGAAGCUGACGGGGCCGGGAGGGCUCCAGGUCCACUGGAUGGGGCAGGAGUGCGCUCAGCAUCCUGCAGCCCAGCCAUACAGCAGCUCCUACAGAAGCUCCCUCUCCUUCCUGGGGAGACCGGUGGCACACAGCGGUGGUGCCAGGCAGGCAGCAUUCCUCUUUGCCACAGAUCUCCUGUGCCACCCCGGCUCGCGCCCCCAGCCCGCAACCUCUGCUGGGACAGCUAUAUAUAGUGCAACCUUCCCCCCCCCUCCCCCCCCCCCCGACCUCGGAGCUGAGCCAUUGCCAUCUGCCCAGGUUAAUCUUUAGCCAUCCUCCCGUCCCCCAUCCAACUAAUGAGGCCUCAUUAGCAGCCAUUACACUGGCUGCAGGGCCGCUGGUGUCACCAGCAGGACCUGGUGACAUGGUGAUGCUGUGGUGCAGGUGUGGGUGGUGGCAAGUGCUGGGGCUUCAGUGUGGUGUAUGGGGACAUGACCUUAGCGCCUGUGGCAGCCAGCUGCAGGUCCCUUGUUUGACACUGGUGGAAUGUGCUGGGUUCCCCACCAGUGUCUCACUGCACCCAGGGCCUGUGAUUGGGUUCCCAGGGAGGUGCCAAUGUCCCCAAAGGGGGUGUCAGCAUGCCUGGCACCGUUGGAGGUUCCCUGGGGAUAUGUCGUUGUUGCCAGGAGGUAUAUGCCAUUGUCCCCAAGGUGCAUGCAGGGGUGCCUCAUAGGAUACAGGUGUGUGCAUCAGGCCCCUGGGGGUGUGUCAUUGUCCCCGGGUGCUGUGGUCCUAGCAACAGUGCCAGCACCCCCAGGGCUGUGCCUCCACAGCAUUCUCAGAAAUGCCCCAGAUCGGUGUGCCAGGCCCCGGGGGGUCACGCUUACGGAGGUUGCAGGUCCCCACGACUGAGUGCUGCAGGGAGAUAAGGAGGUGGUGCUGGGGAGGGAGAACAGUUCUUUGCCUAUCUGGCGCCAGCAGCCCUGCCCUCCCCCCCCAGUGAUCCCAGCAGAAGUGCACAGUGCAGCCGUGUGCCUCAGGCACCCCACACAGGGAUUCAGACCAGGGUUCAAACUCUGCUGCUGCAGUGGCACCAGGGUACAGAAGCAGCAGAGCCCCGUGCCUGACAGCAUGGUGGGGGGUGCGGGGCGAGCCAAGAAGCUGGGCACUCUGCUCUCAGGGCUGCUGGAGUGCGGUGCUUUCUGCGGCAUCAUCUUUGGCUGGGCCUCCCUCGUCUACGUCCUCAAGAACCUGGGCUACUUUAAGCAGUGGUGCGAGUCCUCGGCCAGCCUCAACCCCAAUGGGACGCUGCAUCCCGACUGCAGCGGGCAGGAUGAGCAGUUCUCCUUGGUCUUCACUAUCGGCUCCUUCAUGAACAACUUCAUGACUCUCCCCAUGGGCUACGUCUUCGACCGCUUUGGCACUGCUGUUGCCCGCCUCAUCGCCAUCACCCUCUACACUGGUGGGACCCUGCUCGUUGCCUUCUCCACGCCAGACCUAGCAGUGCUGCUCUUCCCGGCUAUGUCAAUGCUGUCGGUGGGCGGCAUUCUCCUCAUCCUCACCAACAUGCAGGUGGGGAACCUCUUUGGGAAGUACCGCUCCAUCAUCAUCACCCUCUACAACGGGGCCUUUGACUCCUCGUCUGCCAUAUUCCUCAUUAUCAAGGUGCUGCAUGAGCACGGACUGUCCCUGCGGACCAUGUUUCUCUUCAUGGCAGCCUGCAGCGCCUGGCACCUGCUGCGCACCAUCUUCCUCAUGCCCCGCAUGCACAUCCCUUACCCGCUGCCACCUGCCUACAACUAUGGGCUGUCAUGCCCGGGGCGCUCCCAGUCGUACCGCACCUAUGAGGAGAAGCGCCCGCCGGAGGAUGAUGGGCCGGAGGAAGUGCCCCUGGAACCCAGUGCCCCAAAAGGCAAUGCAGCUGUGGAGCCCUUCUGGCCCUGUGUGCUCUCAUGGCUCUUCAUGUGGCACGUGGUGUGGCUCUCAGUCAUGCAGCUGCGCCACUACCUCUUCAUUGGUACCCUCAACCCACUGCUCGACCACCUGGCCUUAGGCAAUGAACACCUGGUGAGCAUCUACACCAACGCCUUCGCCUUCACCCAGCUCUGUGGGGUGCUCUGCGCUCCCUGGAACGGCCUCAUUCUCGACUGCCACAAGCGGAACAAGGCCCAUCGUGCUGAGGGAGCCCAGGGGGCACUGGCUGACCUACGGGCAUCCGUGCCAUCACUGGUGUUGACGGUGACGCAGUGCGUGCUAUUCUCCAUCUGUGCUGCCGUGCCUAUCCUGCCUGUGCAGUUUGUCACAUUCGUGCUCCAGGUGAUCAGCCGCUCCUUCCUCUACGGGGGCAACGCCGCCUUCCUGGCCAUCGCGUUUCCUCCACAGCACUUUGGGAAGCUCUACGGGCUGGCCAUGGCCCUAUCGGCGCUGGUGGCCCUGCUGCAGUAUCCCUGCAUUGCCCUGGUGCAUGGAGCGCUCCAGGGGGACCCUUUCUAUAUGAACGUGGGGCUCAUCGCCGUGGUGCUGCUGGCCUACGUCAGUCCUGUGGUGGUGGCCCGUGAAUGCCGGCGGCGUGCCAAGGAUCUGGAGGCUGCCUCAAGCCCCCUGGAGGCUUCCGCAAGUGCUGAUACCCCUGCCCAGACACCCCAUUGAGCCCUGCACUACCAUCCAGCUUUUUUCUACUGGACUUUGGGGGAGGGAUGGGACUGUGCCGGGGGGCACACUGAGGGGUGGGUGUGCUUGGGAUAGAAUAAAUAUUCCAAAGCCUC